AUGCUAAAAUUAUAAAGACUUCUUGUUGUAUUGAUGAUGUUUAAGUACAACUUUUAGUUAUUUUCAAAUUCAAUCUCAAGAUAGUUUCUUAUCAUAAGUCUUUAAUAUUCAAAUAAAUUUUGA